AUGGCUCCCAAGUACUGGGGUCUCUAUGGAAGCGCCGGCAUCUCGGCGGAAGACGCCAAGGUGAUUAAGGAAGACCCCAACCUGUUCGAGCCCGUGGCGGACACGUUGGAGCCAAUCAUUGUCAUUUACAAGCUUAAUAAGACUUUCGGGCCAGUCAUAUGUCGUACAGACAUCUUGAAAGGCGUUACCUUCAAGAUCUUCCAGGGCCACAUAACAUCCCUCCUCGGAAGGAACGGUGCCGGCAAAUCGACUCUCCUCAGAACAAUCGUUGGGUCGGUGAAACCGGACAGUGGUACGUGCUUUGUGAACGGCAUGGACGUACGCAAACAGAAGAAAGCGGUGCGGCAGGCGGUCGGCUACUGUCCGCAGCAUUUCGCACUUUACCGCGAGAUGACCGUCGAGGAGAACCUCUGGCUGUUUGGCAGGAUCCGUGGGAUGAGUGACACUCAGACCGUGGACUCCCUGCAGCUGAUCGUGAUGUCAUUCCAGAUGCAGGACUACAAGGAGAAGCUCGUUAAACGCCUCAACACCGGCCAGAAACGGAAGCUGCAGCUUGGAAUUUCUCUUAUCGGUGAACCACAGGUAGAACAAAAUGCACAAGUCCUUGGCCCAACGGCACACAGCGUUUCACUGGCAUUUGCUCCAGUUUCACACAGAUUAAGAGAAUGCGAAGUCUCAGUAGGCGUUGUCUCGAUUCGAGACAACGCCUACUGA